AUGCUGCCACACCAACACUUCCAAUCUGCUAGGGCAUCACCUCGUCUUCAGGAAUUGCGAGAGGUUGAAGAGGAACCACCAAGCAAGAGCCCAUCCAAAACUCCCGAGCCUCCUCGAUUCGUCAGCCACAACGCGAGUGCUAGCCUGCAGAAGGAGAUUGACGAAGCCGAGUAUCACCUCGAAGAACAGAUUCGAUCUCAGAUUGACCAUGACGAGGACUAUAGCCCUCCCAACGAAACUGAGAAUGCUGGGCCUGUUCAUGCCAGAGAAGCUUCUGUUCAGUUCGCGCCAGAACUACCGCACCGUACUAAUGCUGCUGGCGAUGAUCUGGUCUUGCAUCACCCCCAGCCUCACAGUAGAGGUCAUUCGCUGUCUCAGAAGUAUUUCGACCAGGAUGAAGUGAGAGAUAGCACUGACGAGGGAAGCUUCAACAAGCCAAAGCCGGCGCAAGAGAGAGGUUCUCCGAGAGUGGACGAUGAAAUCGAGACAAACCCCAGCAAUCUAGGCACGCCUGUGCUCACAUCUAGCUUCAGUAAGCUUCCACAUCAGAGAUCUUUCUCGACAACGAGCAAUCCUUGGUCUGAAGGCGGUUCCGUUGCAGGCGGUUCGCGACGCCCCAGCCAUGGUAGCAAACCUUCACUAUCUAAGCUGAAUGUGGAAGCUCCAGAGUUCAAGUUCAACCCAACAAGCAGUUUCAAGCCCUCACAGUUUGUUUUCUCGAGCAACACUUUUCAACCUUUCCAGGCUGGAUCAGUGCCACAACCUCCCUUAUCUGCCAAUUCGAGCCAGUUCAGUAUUCCUACUACAGUUUCCAGCUCGAAGAUCAAUGUCAAUGCGCCUGCGUUCUCACCGGGCCAGACAAACUUCAACUUCUCUGCAUCGGGUCCCAAGUUCCGUGCAGAUGCCCCUGCCUUUACGCCUUCUAUAACAACACCACCUCAGUCAGGAAGCGAAAGUGUUGGAAACAGAGCAAGCUCAAUCUUCGGCAACAUUGACCUUAACCUUCCAGAUAUCGUCAAGCCUGCCAAGGAGAGCAAGGCUGUCCCGAUUGUCCGUCCGCCUAGCCGCGAGAAAUCACCUCCUGUCGAAGUCCUACAAGAGGACGAGAAUGGAAGAAUCAUUGGUGAAUUUCGGGCCAAGAGAUUCAGAGGCAACAACGCAGAUGGUGAUGACGUGCCAAUGUUUGCCGAGCCAACGCCGGAACCUUCUUUCUCCGAAGCUACGCCCGAGCCUAGUAUCGAAGUUGAGCAAGCUAGCGCUGAUGAUAAACCGGCAGAGGAAGAGGAGGAGGAACAUGUUGCUCCCGAGAUGGCACUGUCAUCUACCAUGGUUUCGGAGUCUACAGAUCUCAAGGAUACUACAAGUCCUUCAGAGAUUUCCCCUGACCAGAGCACUAUGAACUGGGCACCGUUCGAGCUCAAGUCCGAAGUUGAGGUACAAAACUUUGAUAUCGCCAGACCAUUUGGUGAAGACAAGUUUAAGCCACGCCACAAGAAGACUCUUUCGGCAACAGCUAAACCAUUCAUGCCUGGGGUAUCCUUCUUCGGGGCCCAGUCCGAGGACGAGAAGGAACAAACUCCUGUGCCAGCAUCCUUCGAGGAGCCCACUGAGGAGGCCAUCGAGGAACCGGUCGAAGAGGAAGUUGUGGUUCAGCAUGACGAGCCGGAACCCCCUCGGGUGGCAACUCCAGUCGCAGAUCCUGCCCCCGGAUUAUCGUCAUCAAGAUUUGCUGCUUCCCCUUCACCUGUCGCCAAGGGCCUGUCAGCAUCAAGAUACGCGGCUACUCCUUCUCCUCCACCGGCUGGUCUUUCUGCCUCACGAUAUGCUGUAUCACCGCCGGCUGAGCCCGAGGAGGAGCAAAUCUCGAACCAGAGCGAUGCAGAAGCACCAAUCGUGUCCCCUGUCGAGACCGAAGAGCUGGAUAAUACACAAGACAGUAUUCCGCAAUUUGAGGAACCACCAGCUCUGGCUGUUGAAGGGGAAGAUGCUCCUGGCAGAGAUAUCUCUCCUUCUUUCGAGGAAAUCGAUGCUAUCAUGCAGCACCUUAACGAGCAAGAUCCAACCAUGGGAGUCAAUAAGACUAUGGCAUCACCUCGCUGGCACCAGCCGAGUCCUACACGCCAUAUUCCCCUUGCCGCCGUCACCAACGAGGCGAAUCUGCAACUACAUCCGCCGCGAGAAUACCGCGCUUUGCCCGGAGAGAUACAUCAGCCUAUGCCUUCGACAGAGCUCGAAGACCCUUUUGUCGAUCCACCACAGAGUGCUCAGUUUUCUGAGAACGGGGUCAAUCGCAUUAACACCAGCGAGAGCCUACCUCCUAGUGACUGGGAAGGCGCUUUCAGUGAUGACGAACAGCUCAAGCUUGAUGCGCGCGCAAACUUCUUUGAUGGCCGUGUUAAUGAAGUCGUCGGGGGACUGUUGGCUGCUCGACUGGGUCCCAUGGAGAAAACUUUGGAUGGCAUUCAGCAUGUGCUUGCUGCUAUGUCCCGAGGCACACCCUCAAGCCGACGUGAGCGAAGAAGCAUGUCGGCAGAGCUUCAACAUAGUGACGCGGAUGAUGAAGACGACGAGAUGCCCGUUCCACGUCGUUCUAUGAGCCCACGGCGCGACAAGAAAAUGGAGCAAAUCCGGGUUGCUGUCAUGGAGGCAUUUGCCAACCAGCAGCGCAAUGCGCCGGCACCUGUUGCUACCCAACCAGGCUCAAAUGAAUCCAUAGCGCCACUUCUGAAGGCUAUGGAGGAGAUGAAGGAGCAAUUUAGCCAAUCUCUGCACCUUGAUUUCCGAGGCGAGGAUCUUCGCAACAUCGUUGAAGACGCUGUUGAAAAGCGCAUGCCUGCCACUCCACCCCAGCCAGUCAUGUUGGAAGGCCAAGAGGAUCUAAGCAACAAAUACAAUGAGCUACAGGCUAAGUUUGCCGAGCUUGAGCAGCGUCUCCGUCUUGAAGAGUCCAAGAAUGAGACCGAAAUAUCAUCCAGGAGAACUGCUGAAGACCUUGCUGCCGACUUUGAAAGAAAAUUGCAGAUGGCCGAGACAAGGAUCGAGGUUGAGAUCAUGAACAGAAGCGCUUACGAUCAGCGGGUUGCCGAUCUUGAGGAUAGACUGAAGCACCAAGAAGAUCGGACAGAGGAGGAGGUGAGCAACCGUCGAACAGCUGAAGACAGGCUUUCGGAGGUCCAACGCCUUCUCCGAAUCUCAUCCGAAGAAGAAAACCGUCUUCGCGAGACACUCGAGGAGAAGGAGGCUAAGCUCAGGUCGACUGAAGAAGGUCGUGGCAAGAGUACGAUGCGCUUGUCACUGCUGGAGGCAGCGGCUGCGAACGCCCAGAAAACACAGAGUGACCUUCAAAACCGUGUCAAUGUUACUGAAGUCGAUCUCCGCGACGCCCGCCAAGAAGCCCGUCACUGGCGCUCAGAAGCUGAGCGCGCCAUUGAUGUGUCUCGUCGCCAGGGUGAUGACCUCGCCCAGGCUCUUGAGGAGAACAAGCACAUGAAGAAGUUGAUCGAUACUCUUGGCACACAGCUGCAAGAAAACGAGCGUCUGCGUGACAACUAUCGCAGCAAGCUCGUUGCUGUUCAGGAAGACGUAUCCCGCGCUGCUCGGGAGAUCACCGAGGAGAACGCCCGUCGUACUAAGAAGGAACAAGCUAUGCUUGCACGACAGGAAGUUCUUGAUGCCAGGCUCCAAGCCGAAGCUGCUACGCGUGAGCGUCUCGAAAAGGAGAUUGAGAGGCUCGAGAACGGUGAACGUCAAGGCAUGAGAGCUGUUAAUGAAAGCAAGAGACUUGAGAACCUUCUCGGAGAACUUCGCACAGAAAACCAUAAGCUACAGCAGACUGCUCUGCGCUACCAAGCUGAGUUCGAGGAAGCAAGAGAGUCUGGCGCCCGAGAAGUCCAACGCACACGUGAUACCAUGCAAGCCGAGCUUGAAGACGCUAACCAUGAAGUCAAUGUCGUUCGCGAGGAGCUUGAGGACCAAAUCUCGAAAUUGCGUUCGCAACUCGACCAGGUGAAGCUCGAUGCUGAUACGGCUAAGGCCCGUCACGAAAUGCUUUUGGAAGAGGCGCAAAAUACAAAGAACUCUGAUCUUGAGGACCUUGCUCGAAAGCAUCAGAACGAGCUGGAAGAUCUACAGGCUCGUUAUGAGCGCCAACUUAGCAACACUGCCGAGGAUGCUCAACGAGCUGAGCAGAAUCUCCUAGAGCGCUUGAGCAUCUCGACAUCCAAGUCGGAACACCUGCAGGACCGUGUCGCUCACCUUGAAGAGAAGCUCGAAAUCGCUCAAGAAGCUGCACGGGCAGCUGCACUAGCUGCAAAGGCAGUGUCGCCGGUUCAAGCUGCUCUUCAGACCGCUGCUCUAGCCCAGCCUAAGGCUGUUUCGAAGGCCAUGGAACUGCCGGAGAAGAUCUCCCCACAGGCUCUUCGAGAAUCUAUCAUGGUUCUACAGGAGCAGCUGCAAGAGCGUGAGCAGAAGAUCGAGGAACUUGAGCAACUCAUUGCCAAGCUUGAUCCUGACGCCGAGACAAAGAUCUCUAAGCGUGAUGAUGAGAUCAUCUGGCUUCGUGAGCUUCUCGAUGUGAGACACUCUGAUCUUCAGGACAUAAUUGCAGCCCUCGCUCGGGAGGACUUUGACAAGGAAGCUGUCAAGGACGCAGCUAUCCGGCUGAAGGCCAAUCUGCAAAUGGAGGAGCAAGAGCGCGAGAGGGCUAUGAACGGCGGCUCCUCAAUCAACCUUCCCAACAUUGCUUCCACAAUCCGUGACGCCGCAACACCGAGAGUUGCGCAAGCUGUUGGACCUCUUGCAGCUGCAUGGGGUAAUUGGAGAAAGAGCGGCAACCAAGGCACUUUUGGAAACAUCUCUAGUGUCUUGUCAUCACCCGCACCGGCUAAGAACUCGACUCCUCGAAGAGACAGCCCUGCCUCUCAGAGCAGCUUUCUCGGUGGCCUACUGACGCCGCCCGCUUCCGGGCUACGACAAACCCCGCCAUCACAGGGUCAGCCGACGGCGUUCUCGAGCACUGGCCGGCGCUUUACAGCCCAGGACCUUGCCAACCGCCCGCGCGGCCCUUCUGCAAGCCUCAGACAACAGGAGAAGAUGCCUUCUCGUAGCACACCGCCUCGGCGGCAGAGCAGAGGCAUGCCGUCGACUCCACCGAUGAUGCGAUCCUCGGCUUAUGAUUCUGAUGCUCACGCCGAGGAGUUUGAUGAUGCUGGUUUCUUCGAGGAUGACUAG